GGCGCGGCGCGCGUGGAGCCUCACGCCCCGGGCGAGCGUUCGUCAUUUAGCACAAAGCACGUUUCCAAAAAGCGGCGCACGGGAGAGCUCCCGCGCACCCCCACCCCCUUCCCCUUUGUUUCGGGGGUCGGCAGGCCGCGCUCCUCCCCACGCCGGACUUCUUCGCGGGGGGGCGCAGGGCCGCCGAGUGCAGGCUGUGAAGAUGCCCUUGGAGCUGACGCAGAGCCGAGUGCAGAAGAUCUGGAUCCCCGUCGACCACCGCCCCUCGCUGCCCAGAUCCUGUGGGCCGAAGCUGACCAACUCCCCCACCGUGAUCGUCAUGGUGGGCCUCCCAGCCCGGGGUAAGACGUACAUCUCGAAGAAGCUGACUCGCUACCUCAACUGGAUUGGCGUCCCCACGAAAGUGUUCAACGUCGGGGAGUACCGCCGGGAGGCCGUGAAGCAGUACAGCUCCUACAGCUUCUUCCGCCCCGACAAUGAGGAAGCCAUGAAAGUCCGCAAGCAGUGUGCUCUAGCUGCCUUGAGAGAUGUCAAAAGUUACCUGAUGAAGGAAGGGGGCCAAAUUGCAGUUUUCGAUGCCACCAAUACUACCAGAGAGAGGAGACACAUGAUCCUUCAUUUUGCCAAAGAAAAUGAUUUCAAGGUGUUUUUCAUUGAGUCUGUGUGCGAUGACCCUAUGGUUGUGGCCUCGAACAUCAUGGAAGUCAAAAUCUCCAGCCCGGAUUACAAAGAUUGCAAUUCAGCAGAAGCUAUGGACGACUUCAUGAAGAGAAUCAGUUGCUAUGAAGCCAGCUACCAGCCCCUCGACCCCGACAAAUGUGACAGGGACCUCUCCUUGAUCAAGGUGAUUGACGUGGGCCGGCGGUUCCUGGUGAACAGAGUUCAGGACCACAUUCAGAGCCGCAUCGUGUACUACCUGAUGAACAUCCACGUGCAGCCCCGCACCAUCUACCUGUGUCGGCACGGGGAGAGCGAGCACAACCUCCAGGGGAAGAUCGGAGGGGACUCGGGUCUGUCCAGCAGAGGCAGGAAGUUCGCGAACGCCCUGAGCAAAUUCGUGGAGGAGCAGAACCUGAAGGACCUCAAGGUGUGGACCAGCCAGCUGAAAAGCACCAUCCAGACGGCAGAGGCCCUUCGUCUCCCCUACGAGCAGUGGAAGGCGCUCAACGAGAUUGAUGCUGGCGUCUGCGAGGAGAUGACCUACGAGGAGAUCAGGGCCACUUACCCCGAGGAGUACGCGCUGCGGGAGCAGGACAAGUACUACUACCGCUACCCCACCGGGGAGUCCUACCAGGACCUGGUCCAGCGCCUGGAGCCGGUGAUCAUGGAGCUGGAGCGCCAGGAGAAUGUGCUGGUCAUCUGCCAUCAGGCUGUCCUGCGUUGCCUCUUGGCCUACUUCCUGGACAAGAGUGCAGAGGAGAUGCCUUAUCUGAAAUGCCCCCUUCACACGGUCCUCAAGCUGACCCCUGUCGCUUACGGCUGCCGCGUAGAGUCCAUCUACCUGAAUGUGGAGUCCGUGAGCACGCACCGGGAGAGGUCAGAGGAUGCAAAGAAGGCACCUAACCCGCUCAUGAGACGCAAUAGUGUCACCCCACUAGCCAGCCCCGAGCCCACCAAAAAGCCUCGCAUCAACAGCUUUGAGGAGCAUGUGGCUUCCACCUCCGCUGCCCUGCCCAACUGCCUGCCCCCGGAGGUGCCCACGCAGCUGCCCGGACAACCUUUGCUAGGGAAAGCCUGUUUACGAACUGUUUGUCACAUUUUCUCAAAGUUUUCUCCCUACUAACCUUGGAAAGAACCUGAAAGGCACCCAGAGCGGCAUCGACGCCAGGACCCACUGAGGCAGCCCCGUCGGUUCCAUGCCAGUUCCAUUCCUACCGCUUAGUUAGUGCUUUUCCAUCUACCUGAGGCCAGCGAUCCCAAGGACUGCUUCCAGCCCCGGGUGGGUGGUGUGGAAGCGGGGCCCGCCGGCCGCAGAGAACCGUGCCCCCCACCCGCCAGCAGCGGGGCGGCCCAGACCCCAGGAGGCCUCUCCUUGUGUGCGCACACGUGUGGAAUCCGUGCUGCGGCCACCCCCGCCCCGCGCUCUCCUUGGACUUGCGGACCCUCCACGGGGCUUGGGAAGGACAAUGAGCCGUGGAAGACGUGGGACGAGCCCCUCCCCAGGAGGGGAUGUUGGCCUCCAUGCUGUUUCAUUUUGUUGUAGUUUCUAUGAUCCUGACCUGGUAUGUCCCCAGCUUGGGGAGGUGACGCUGGCCCCACAAUCCUAAAUUUCAAGGCAGCCUAGAUCCCAGUUGCUGAAGAUGAAGGGAUGGUGAACACUUUCACAGGGCUCUUCUGUGCCUCGGGGCCUGGGACGCCGCCCUGCGAAGGAAGGGUGCGGACGGGUGCGGGGCGGGGGCCGCAGGUGGAGAGGGGGGCGGUGAGCCAGAUGCGCCUGUGCCAUCAGCAGCCCCCCGCCGCGGGUCCCCACGCCCCGCCUCUGUUCUGCCCCUGGAGAUGCUGACGGACAGUCUGGCCUUGUAGACAAGAGGAAAUAAUCUUGCCGGCAUAGCCCUGGGGCUGCCGUCCUGCGAGAACCGAGGCACCCGAACCACCCGUGAGGUGGCUCCCCGGGGGCCGCUUGCUUUUGCACUUUCUAAGUGGCGGAGCGCGAGGCCGGAGGGAUGCACCUUCUCUGGAGGACCUUGGGUGAUGUCUGGGUUUCGUGCCCUGGGAGGCCAGAGCUCCAUGGGGAGUGGGGCAUGCCGCCCGCACAAUGGGGAGCUCUGGGGGACCCCAGUCCACCAGGCCGGGAGCACGCUGUUCGGAUCAUUGCAAGGCUGACCCGGCACAUGGAGUAGAGGUGAUCAGGGGUCCGGCCUCCUUCCUUCCGGGAUGUUUGUCGCCUCCCUGUGUUUCCGGGGAGGGGACAGUGGCCCAGCCCAGGCCUCAGCUGCGGCCACUUCCAGGAGGCUGGCUGUGGUCUCCUGGCAGGACUGAGCUCAAUCCUGCGUAUUUUUGUGGAGCAUCUGCUGUACACCUGGCACGCUGCCGGGUUGCUCGGAAUUCCGAAGAAGAGAAUGUCCUCGCCUUCGUGGCUCCUGUGGCAUCUUUGGGGGGUGGUUCAAAGCAGGGCUUGUGGGACAUACGGUUCUGAAGACCUAUAGUGUCUGCCUACUGGUUUCUCCUUGCUGCCUCCGUGGACUGGGGACCAGGAGAUGUCUUGAGGCCCAGAAGAAAGGAUUUGGAGACUCUGGUAGAAUUUGUCCAAACGACCCUUUGAAGGAUCUCUAAAAGCUGGUGCCAAAGGUCACUUCCCUUGCUCGCCCUCUGCUUUCGAGCCUGACAGCCUUGCCCCUCCUAGGUCUCGAGGCAGGUGCUGGGAGCGGGGUCACCGGGGCUUGGGCAUCCAGAGCGGGAACCGGACGAUGCGCGUUUCCCUGCUUGGGGUUCGGUGGGAACCUGGGGCGUGCUUCAGGUACCAUAGAGUCCCGUCCAUGGGGUUCACACCGAGCCAUUCAGAUCCUCCCCCCAUUCUUCCCCAGUGGGGCACUUUGCCCGAGAGGAUGUCCGUGUAUCCCAGUUCCUGUGCAACCGAAGAUGGGUUGAUUUCCCUUUCCUGCCAUCCCGAGUCCCGUCAGAUGGCAAGUGUGUGUGCGCACCAGCACGUGCUUGUAGGUUGGUCGUAGUUUUUGACAGAAGGGCCUGCGGCUCUGCUCUUGAGAAUGGCCUUCUCCUUUUCAUGCUGGCUGCCAGAGCCGACUCGGAGUCUUGACCCUUCCCAGCCAUCAGGUGCACCCCCCCUGCCUGACUGCUGAGUUCGGUCCCUACGGAAGCUAACAUCCUGAACAGCCGGCUGUAAAGGCCCAGGUGGGGCGAGAGAACAAACACGGACGAGGAGAGAGACCUCUGAGAGAACAGAAUGCUGUCCGGAUGAAAGCCGUGAUCUGACUUGAGGCGCCGGACAGAGGGAGUGUUUGAGCUGCAGUCACGGGGCGCCUGCUGCUCUGGACUCUUGCCUCUCACCCCCCCCCCCCACUCCACCCCCUGAAAAAUAUUCGGGACCAAUUUUGUUAACUUGGCAUAAGUUUGUUUUUGGGUGGGUUUACCCCUGCCCGUAAUUCUGUCCUGAGACCACGGGCGAAGCUCAUCACUUGUGGGGAGAAGAGACACAACCACACCAAUGAUGUUUUCGUUUGUAAUACUUGAAAUUUAUUUUUUUAUUAUUUUGAUAGCAGAUGUGCUAUUUAUUUAUUUAAUAUGUAUAAGGGAGCCUGAAAAUAGAAAGCUGUAUAGAUUGGGUUUAGUUGUUCGUUGGUUGGUUUGGGGGCCUUUUACGUGUGACUUAAGACUUCUCUGUGUUCUGUAUGUUGUCUGAAUUAAUGACCUGGGAUGAGGCUGUGCCAGCUUUCAAACAGGGGAUGCUUUUCAGAAAUUUGUAUAUUUUGCAAUUGCCGAAACAAUAAAAUACCUGGUUGAAAUAAG